AUGUCAUUACUCUUUGAAUCUGAUUUGGGAACUUAGAAAUAAAGAAGUCAAACAUUCAAAGGAAUUUUGAAGUAUCGUUAAGGGUUCACCAUGCCUCAUUGUGAUAACAAUAGCGAGGAUGCAUCAUUCGAGCCAAAUGUAUGUUCAAAUAGAAAGAUUGAAAUACAAUAACCUGUCUAAAAUGCUUUUAAAGGAGAUAUCUUGAGUCCUGAUCCCGACCCUGAUAUGGAGGAGGAUAGUAAGAGCAUGCUCCAAAUAGAGAUCAAGGAAAAAACUAAUUUGUGGGUCCAUGGAGGGCUGAGAAUAAUGUUUUAUAUCACUAAAUUUGUAAAGUAAAUGAAAACUCAUUCGAUGGAGGUCAAGUUCAAAUCAUUAACAAAUGAGAUAGUGGAUUUGAUUCAGGAUUAAGCAAGCGACGCAGAUAAUUUAUUGCAUAAAUUGAAUAAAGUCGAAUAAGUAAUGCAGAAUUUGAAAUGGAUUUUGAAUUAGUUGCCUGUUUUGGAUCCCGACUCAAAUAUUAAAAUAAUUUGGGACAUUUUUGUAUUAACCCAAAUUAUCAUCAACAUAUUCUACAUUCCGAUGAAGUUGGGAUUUGGUUUUGAAAGAGAAGACUUUCUGAGUAGUAUAUUUUUAGAGACCUUGCCCUCUUGGACCUUUGUGAUCGAUAUAAUACUGACAUUCUUUACUGCUUUUUAUAGCCAAGGUUAAAUUCAUAGAGAUAAGUAGGAAAUUCUAAAACAUUAUGCAAGUCUUCAAUUAUGGUGGGACUUGAUGAUUGUAAUUCCAUUUAUUUUGUCAUCUUAUUCAGUGCCUUACACAGAAUACAUUUUGUUAUUGAGAGUGACGAAGGUGAAAUCGAUGAUUGAAGCAAUUGAGGAAGUCACAAACCCAUCAAUCAAUGUGCAAACCAUAUUGGAACUCUUCAAAUCUAUGUUUUUGGUACUUUUUGUGUCUCAUUUUUGUGCAUGCUUAUGGAAUUUGAUAGGAGAAAACCAAUUGGAGAAUGGGAAGAAUUCAUGGUUGAUAGCCAAGAAUAUCACUGAUGCAAGUUGGCUCACAAAAUACAUACACGCUUUCUAUUUCAGUACAAUUACUACUUUAACUAUUGGUUAUGGUGAUAUAGUACCUCAGACCGAUUUAGAGAGAAUCUAUGUGAUUUUAAUGGCUAUGGUGAUAUGUGGUCUAUUCGGAUACACAAUAUCGAGUAUUGGAAAUAUUUUAAGAUAACUGACUGAGAAAGAACAGUAAUUCAAGUAGUAAAUGAUGCACAUAAACAACUUCCUUAAGAAGAAAAAUAUUAACAAAUAAUUAAUGUUGUAGGUUAGGAAAUACUUCGAAUACUUUUUAAGGAUGGAACAAGAUUACAAUGAAUUGGGCGAAAAAAUGAUGGUCAAUCUAGAUAAGAAGUUAAAAGAGUAGGUUGCAAUAGAUAUGUAUUGUGAAAUGUUGAAGAAAUCCAGAUUAAUCAAGUAGACCUUAUCAUUGAAAAGUGUUCAAAAAUUGUGUUCAUAUGUACAUGAACUUAAGGUAGCCCCUGAAGAGAUUAUAGCAACACAAAAUGAUUAAGCUAAUAAACUUAUAUUUAUCUAAAGUGGAUAAUUGAGUGAUUAGAAGUUGAGAGAAACUAUUGUUGCCACUAUUGAGGAAGGCAAAUUUGUGGGUGAAAAAGAAUUUAUUACUUAGGCACGUUAUGAUUACUCUAUUAGAUCUACCAAAUUCUGUUAGAUUGCAUUUAUCAAUUAUGAGGAUUUUCUUAGGGUUGUUCGUGAAGAUGCUUUAGAAGAAGAGAAUUACUGCAUGCUUCGAGAUCAAAUGUUGUUUACAGAGGAGAAGUAAAAUUAUGGAGAGGUUUGUUGCAUUUGCAAAUGGACACAUCAAUUUAAGAAUUGUCCUUUAGUUUUCGUGCAUUUUAACUAAGAUAGAAUCAGAAAGAAGUUUAUGAUGUCAGAAGAUAUGAUAAGGGCCUCCCAUAAUAGAGUGGAGAUGAAGAGAAUGUUUCAGAGGAACAUCAUAAGAGAACACGCUUUGGCCAUUAUUGUUAAUGAUAACAUCAUUUCAAUAGAUGAUUUAACAGAUUAAUAUCUAGAUAUGCUGGGUUUCAACAUGGAGGAUGAUCAAAAUGGAAGAAUAAUCAAAACAUUGAAAAGUCAAAAGUCUAAUAAAUCCAUGUUAAGAGGAUUUACAGGAUUCGAACAAUUCAGCAGUGAUUCCUCCAGUAGUAAUGAAUCCAGUUCCUAAUUUAAUAAAACUAAAACUCCUAAAUCAUCGAAAUACUCUCAUCUGCAAAGUAUGGAACAGAAGAAGGUUAAAUUUCAUCCAACUCCUGAACCAGAACCUAAGGUUCUCAGAGCUUAAAACUCAUUCAGAAGGAAAGCAGAUAAUAGACAUAAAACUCUUUAGAGAUUGACUCAAAUAUCUAAUAAUAGAUUUACCAACAUUACUUGUAUCUCAUAAGAUCAAGUCCCGUAAUAGUAGUAAUAAUAAGUGUAAUAAACUCAAUAAACUUAAUAAAGUGUCUAAAAACUAAGGAAAAAUAAUUCAAGUUCGUAUUCAAACAUGGAUCUUGAAAUGCCUGCAAAAUCUCUAUCUAAAUCUGAGGUCACUGGUAGUAACAUGGUUAACUAGUUGGACGAAGUUAUUUCCUUAAGACCAAGCGAUUCUCCUAAUUAAAUUUAGAGAGUGGAUUUUGAAUUAGAUAGAUAUUUUAUUACAACCUACUAUUUUACUCACUUCAAUUUAGAUAAAAUCCUCCAAAAACUUCAAAAACCCAGAAGAACAAUUAGAUCUGAACACAUACAAAGCAUUAUUAGAAAAUCGAAAAUAAAGCCAAGUCAAUAUACCCCUUUAACUGAUUGA